CGAUUCGAACGUUCAAUGUCGUCACCGUUCCUUUCUCGUACAUAACCAAAUCGCACACCCAUCUCGAAAUGGCCUACGCGCAUCGACCGGAGUCGGUGAGAUUAAGAAUGCGACAGCUUAGCCUCGGGGGCGCAGCGGCCGAGACCGUACAGAUGGUUGAGUAUAAUGGGUGCAGUUCCCUCGGGCUUUGACUUCUACAUACACAACAAUUCUACAUAGGCGAUCAUCUUCAAGAUGGCCGUCCACGUGCUGGAUAACUACUACCUCGCGAUCACAUUCCUCAUUACCGUCGCAUACCAGCUAUUUUUCUUUGCGAUUGCCUUUUAUUUCAAGUUUGAUAAGCUGACAGACUUUGCUGGCGGCACAAACUUUGUCGUCCUCUCAAUCCUGACGCUUGGUCUGAGCGAGAACAGAGGCGAUGCGCGCAAUAUUGUGGUGUCGGUGUUUAUGAUGGCUUGGGGAGCACGUCUGAGUGCCUUCUUAUUGUUCAGGAUCCUUAAAACGGGAAAAGACGACCGUUUCGACGACAAGCGCGACAAGUUCUGGUCGUUUCUCGGCUUUUGGGUAUUCCAAAUGUUCUGGGUGUGGACAUGCUCUUUGCCAGUCACAAUCCUUAACUCACCAAACGUUACACAAUUCGCUCAGCCAGCUUUCGGUACCGGCAGAGAUAUUGCUGGCGUCGUCCUUUAUUCGAUCGGAUUUCUGAUGGAAAGCAUUUCCGAUAUCCAAAAGUACCGGUUCAGAAGUGUCCAUCAACACGACGGCGCAGUCUGCGAUGUUGGCCUGUUUGCGCUGACCAGGCAUCCGAACUAUUUUGGCGAGAUGAUCAUCCAGUUUGGUAUGUUCACGAUCGCAGUGUCACCUGCCGCGUACAACUACGUUUCGGGCGGAGCCUACUCAGCUCUCUACGCGUCCAUUCUAGGGCCCUUCUUCCUUACAUUAUUGCUCAUGUUCGUUUCGGGUUUGACCCUACAAGAACGACCUGGCGCCAAGAAAAGAUACGAAAAGGGCGACAACUGGCCAGCCUAUGCGCGAUGGCUGAACCGGACGAGUAUCUUGAUCCCGUUCCCGCCGCAGCUAUACGAGAAGAUGCCAGUCAUCUUGAAGAGAACCAUUUUCUUGGAGUUCCCGAUUUACGUGUUCGAUCCAGCGAAGCAUGCAGAUCAGUCCAAGACGCAGAGCAGAGGGGCGGAGGAAGGUCGUGCGGGAAGACCAAGUGACGAAGAAGGGCUCAGGACUUCUUAAGGAUGUUGUCAUCCUUGCUAUAAUUGUUCGAUAUCCCUUCUUAAUCUUUAAUCAAGCAAUUCUUUACAGUACUAAAGCGCGUGGCUUACAAGUGUUUAGCCAUCAUGGAUGAUGACGUAGUUGAAAGUCUUUCCGCUCAGCAACUGUCGUGGCAGUAACUUACUGCGGGACCUUGAUCAUGUUCGACAGCACACUUUGGUGACGGCUCAUUAACCCUAUGCGAACCAUCAUCUGUCCCUGCCUUAGGGCGGCAGCUGUCAGAUCAUCUCGUGCCUCGCAUGACUGACAUCACUUGCAGAUUAGCAGCCACAACCACUCCGGUUCCAACCUCGCGAAAGGUUACCUUGUCGAGCCACCUUCGAGUGGGAUGUUGAAGGAUGCACACAGCUUAGUCACGAGUUUAGCCUAUCACUAGGACUCCUCUUAUCUC